UCCCGGAGCUCCCUGGGAAAGGCCCAAGAUGGCUGCCGCCAGCUUUGGGUGUGUGUGAGGUUAGGAGUGAUAGUUCUCGUCGUUAUCUCCCUGAGGAAUACGUCUGGUCCUCAUGUUUGGAAUCGUGCCGUGUGCCGUUGUAAGAUAGACGAGAGCAAUGGCAGGGAGCCUCUCUUGGGGGGCAAGCAGGGUCCUGUGGGGCUGGGUGCCCCUGACCUGCAGAAGCUUCUCUCUGGGCGUUCCUGGAUUGUCCCGUGUAAGGCUUACCCUCCCACCCCCUAAAGUGGUUGAUCGUUGGAACGAGAAGAGAGCCAUGUUUGGGGUGUAUGACAACAUUGGGAUCCUGGGUAACUUCGAAAAGCAUCCCAAAGAACUGAUCAAGGGCCCCAGAUGGCUUCGAGGUUGGAAGGGAAAUGAAUUACAGCGUUGUAUCAGAAAGAAGAAAAUGGUUGGGAAUCGAAUGUUCCUUGAUGACUUGCACAACCUUAACAAACGCAUCAGCUAUCUUUACAAACACUUUAAUCGACAUGGAAAGUACCGGUAGAAGAGAAGACUGAGAAUUGUGGAAGUGGUACAUCUAUCACCCUGAAAAGGGGAACAGUACAUUUCCUUAUGAGGAAAGGGCUUUGUGUUUUCUGUAAUAAAAUGGGUUUCUUUGGAA